GUGUUAUCGAAAGUUGUGUUGGAAUCAAAAGAAGUCAUAUUAAAUUUGUUUAAGUACGUCGCUGGUUACCGUUUCAUUAUGGAGAACAACAAUGAUCUAAGAGGAACGGACCUGGGCCUAUCUCGAGCUGAUAUGUUGGAACAGCUCGAAAAAAGACUAAUAUUUCUGCCCGCCGGCAAGGAUAUGCCGCUGGAACGUCUGGAGGAUAUCUAUCGCAAUUUCAUAGUUCCCAAGCCCAAGAGAGAGCGCAAGCAGCGCAUUCCAAGCCCCAAUCCCGAUUUCAAUUACAAUUCCAAUUCCUUUGAAUUAGAGCAGCUAACGGAGCGCAUCCAGUCGGUUGUCAUAGUGGGACAGAAACGAGCGCAUGGUCAGAAAAAUAGCGACGACCAAGCCAAGCAAAUCAAGAUGGACCAGGACUGACCCCAUGCUGAUU